AAUGAUCAGACUGGGCGCACUGGUAGAAUUUCAUGCUCAAGCAAUUUUUCUCCACUUUAGACACCACUCAGGAUAUAUCGGACAGGCGUAAGCUGAUGUUAUCCGUCGCUAAUGGACAGCUUGUUUGGCUUUAUUUUAUUUAUUUACUUAUUUAUCUUUUCCUGUGCUUAUCCAUAAAAUCGCACACCCACCUUGGAUCAUGCUUACGGGCCCACAGUGAAGUGAAAUCUAUCGUUUUCUUUCAGAAAUGCUGUCUGGUCGUUUUUUUUUUCGAUUGUUAAUUUGUCGCCUGGAGCUGUUAUCCAGAUGUGGAUUGUUGCCCCGUGGAAGAGCCACAUUUAAUCUCACGGAUUUUGAUGUAAUUAUUGAGAUUAAUUUGGAUACAGUGGUUUUCCUGGAUCCUACCCAAAGCCAGUGACGGCGACGUUGGAGAAAGAAACAGAGUAGAGCUCAAAUAACUCUAGACAAUGCUUCACUGUGCCAGCUGCGAAAAGCCUAUUCUCGAUAGGUUCUUGCUCAAAGUUUUGGACAGGCCGUGGCACAUCAAAUGUGUACAGUGCUGCGAAUGCAAAUGCAGUUUGACAGAGAAGUGUUUUUCACGAGAGGGGAGACUGUACUGUAAGAAUGACUUCUUUAGGAGAUUUGGGACCAAGUGUGACGGUUGCGCUCAGGGGAUUUUACCCAGUGAUCUUGUCCGCAGAGCCAAGAGCAAAGUGUUUCACCUGAACUGUUUCACCUGUGUGAUGUGUAACAAACAGCUGUCCACGGGAGAGGAGCUGUACAUCCUGGACGAAUUCAAAUUUGUUUGUAAAGAGGACUAUCAGAACAACAAUGGGAAGGACACCAUUCUUCUUUCUGUAACAACGUGUAGCGACCCAAGUCUGUCUCCGGACCCCCAGGACCCGCAGGACGACGGGAAGGACUCGGAAACGGGACACUUAUCUGAUAAAGACGUGUGCAACAACGAGAAUGACGAGCAGAGUGUCGUCGGGAAACGACGCGGGCCUCGGACCACCAUAAAAGCCAAACAGCUGGAGACGCUGAAAGCAGCUUUCGCGGCCACACCGAAACCCACCAGACACAUUAGGGAGCAGCUGUCACGGGAGACCGGACUCAACAUGAGAGUCAUCCAGGUUUGGUUCCAAAAUCGGAGGUCUAAAGAGAGACGCAUGAAGCAGCUGAGCGCCCUGAGCGCACGGAGACACCUGUUCUUCCGCAGCCCGAGGAGGAUGAGAGCGCUAGGAGACAGAAUGGACCCAGGAGAGCUCGGACACUUCUCUUAUUAUGGAGAUUACCCUGGUGAAUACUAUAGCUCAGGAGGGAAUUACGAGUACUUCCAAGGCCCACCACCUUCCCAGGCUCAGACUCCUGCAGACUUGGGCUUUGUGCCGUCCUCUGUCCCUGCUGGCACCCCAUUAGGAGCCAUAGACCACCACCACCCGGGCCACCACUGUCCCAGAGAGGUGCAGUGUUUCUCUGACACGGUAUCUCACCAUCCUGUGGACUCACCCAGUCCAGAGGCCAUCUCCAGUGAGCUGUGUGGUCCCAGCACACCCUUCACCACUGUGUCUCUCAGUGACAACGGAUACACCAACCAGCUUUCACAACCCUCCUCAGAAAUGAGCGAAGGCACUGUCUGGUAAUAAAGCUGAAACCCAAUUACAAGGCACACUUGAAUUUUGAAGGCAAAUGAAUGCUUUUUUAUUUGAUUUUAAAUAUAUGUUAAUUUUUUAUUUGUUAAUUUAUUUGCACUUCUGUUAAGCUAAUUAACUAUUUAUACAUCUCUAUAUUUGUAUGUAGGUAUAAUUGUUUAUAGCCAAGGACUAGAUUGUUUUAAAUGAUCCAUGUAAAUUUGACUCAUUACACAUUUACAAUACUGGGCCACAAGCAAUAAACAAUUAUAUUUAGAGGCUGCAAAUUUCUUUUGUGACUUUAAAGGAUUUUCUGGUAUAUUGGCAUAAUUGUUCAUGUGUGCAUAACAACAUGUUUUGUCACCUUUCAGUGUUUUACACAUUAUGAAAAACAACACCCUCCAUCCAUGAGUUAAUGUGUCAGCUUGUACCAGUCGAUAAGAGAUUAUGGUUGUGAUGUUCAGUACAUUUGACCAAGAACGUCUCUCAGGACU